GGGCCCAGCUCCUCCCGGCGUGCUGCGGAGGAACGGCUGUUGAUCUGCGGUGGCUUCAGGUCCCCGGCUCGUUGGUGGCUCCCGCGCUCUGCUUCUCCCCACUGAGCAGCUGCCUGGUGAAGACGAAGCCAUGGCGCUCCGGGUCACCAGGAACACAAAAGUUAAUGUUGAGAAUAAGGCGAAGAUCAGUAUGGCAGGCGCAAAGCGCGUGCCUCUGGCCACGACUGCGGCCUCCAAACCCGGGCUGAGGCCAAGAACGGCUCUCGGAGACAUUGGUAACAAAGUCAGCGAACAACCACAGGCCAAACUGCCUCUGAAAAAGGAAGCAAAAACUUUGGUUCCUGGAAAAGUUAUUGCUAAAAAAAUACCUAAACCUCUGGAAAAGGCACCCGAGCCUGUGCCUGAGCCUGUGCCAGAACCAGAGCCAGAACCUGAGCCUAUUAAAGAAGAAAAACUGUCGCCUGAGCCUAUUUUGGUUGAUACUCCCUCUCCAAGCCCAAUGGAAACAUCUGGAUGUGCCCCUGCAGAAGAAUAUCUGUGUCAGGCAUUCUCUGAUGUAAUUCUUGCAGUGAAUGAUGUGGAUGCAGAAGAUGGAGCUGAUCCAAACCUUUGCAGUGAAUAUGUGAAAGAUAUUUAUGCUUAUCUGAGACAACUUGAGGAAGAGCAAGCAGUCAGACCAAAAUACCUACUGGGUCGUGAAGUCACUGGAAACAUGAGAGCCAUCCUUAUUGACUGGCUAGUACAGGUUCAAAUGAAAUUCAGGUUACUGCAGGAGACCAUGUACAUGACUGUUUCCAUUAUUGAUCGGUUCAUGCAGAAUAAUUGUGUGCCCAAGAAGAUGCUGCAGCUGGUUGGUGUCACUGCCAUGUUUAUUGCAAGCAAAUAUGAAGAAAUGUACCCUCCAGAAAUUGGUGACUUUGCCUUUGUGACUGACAACACUUACACUAAACACCAAAUCAGACAGAUGGAAAUGAAGAUUCUAAGAUCUUUAAAUUUUGGUUUGGGCCGCCCUCUACCCCUGCAUUUCCUUCGGAGAGCAUCUAAGAUUGGAGAGGUUGAUGUUGAACAACAUACUUUGGCCAAAUACCUGAUGGAACUAACUAUGUUGGACUACGAUAUGGUGCACUUUCCUCCUUCUCAGAUUGCAGCAGGAGCUUUUUGCUUAGCACUGAAAAUUCUUGAUAACGGUGAAUGGACACCAACUCUACAGCAUUAUCUCUCAUACACUGAAGAAUCCCUUCUAAAUGUUAUGCAACACCUUGCUAAGAAUAUAGUCAUGGUGAAUCGUGGGCUUACAAAGCACAUGACUAUCAAGAACAAGUAUGCCACAUCUAAGCAUGCUAAGAUCAGCACUCUGGCACAGCUAAAUUCUGCACUAGUUCAAGAUUUAGCCAAGGCUGUGGCAAAGGUGUAACUUGUAAACAUGAGUUGGAGUACUAUAACUGCAAAUAAAAUUGGCACCAUGUGCCAUCUGUAUAUAUUAUAUGUUACCUCUACUUUUAAUAAAGUUUGUGGUCCUUUUUACUUCUUAUACCUU